AUGUCAGCAGCUAGCCGUCGCCGAAAGAGCAUCAAUGCGCUGGCGUCCCCCACUCGCGUGUCGACACGUCGGACAGCACGGACGGUUAUUGACUUAGCGUGUGACGACGCAGAAGACAGGGAAGGGAGUCAGGAAAGGGAGGAGAAAGAUGGUGUCCGCGACAAUUGCGAGAAAUAUGGUAACCGGGCGAAAAAGGGUGAUACUGAGAAGGAAGCGGGAGGAAUGGGGGAAGAGGAUGGAAGGGAAGGAAAACAGUUGUCCAAGAACGGGCGUGGAGACAGGAGGGGAAGAGGCAGAGCACCGGGAAGAGGUGGGAGAAGAGUGUUGGCAGAGAGGAGGGGAAAGGAUAGUGAUGCUGACCGGGACGAGCAGGUUGAUAGAGGCGACCUGGAGGAAGACCAGGGGAACCAGAAGAGAGCUGUAGGGACGACUGGGGGCUCUGAGAAGAGAGCUGUAGGGUCGACUGGGGGCUCUGAGAAGAGAGCUGUAGGGACGACUGGGGGCUCUGAGAAGAGAGCUGUAGGGACGACUGGGGGCUCUGAGAAGAGAGCUGUAGGGUCGACUGGGGGCUCUGAGAAGAGAGCUGUAGGGACGACUGGGGGCUCUGAGAAGAGAGCUGUAGGGUCGUCUGGGGGCUCUGAGAAGAGAGCUGUAGGGACGACUGGGGGCUCUGAGAAGAGAGCUGUAGGGUCGUCUGGGGGUUUAGCGAGGAGGGAUUCACGGAAGCAUGGCAGUAAAGCAGGGCUGCGCAGUGCAGGCGGCGAGGGGAGGGGCGGGAGUACCCGUGCAAUGGGAGCAGACGAGGUUGGAGAGGAGGGGGCGGAAGGGGAGGAGGGAGACGAGGGGGAGGAGGGAGAGGAGGGAGUGAAGGGAGAGGAGGGAGAGGAGGGAGAGGAGGGGACGAAAGGGAAGGAGGCGGAGAAGGGGGAGAAGAGGGAGGUGGGGGAAGUAGGGGAGGAAGCGGUGGUUGGUGAAGCGGUGGAUGGUGAUGCGAGAGAAGAUUUAUGUAGCCCUAGUGAAGAUGCUUGUAUGGAGGAUGGAGAUGAGUUUGAGGCGAAAGAUGGCGUUUUGGAGGAAGGUGGCUGCAGGCGUGGUGAAGAUGCUUGUGUGGAGGAUAAGCGGGAGACAGGUUGGGAGGAGGGGAAUGAGGUGGAGAGGGGAGGAAGAGUUGAGGGAGGUGGAAAGGAGGGGGAUGGAAAGGAGGAGGGUGGAAAUAAGGGUGGUGAGAAGAGGGGUGGUGGUGCUUUGGGCGGUGGGUGCAAUGGUAGUGCGGUUGCUGAUGCUGCUGAAGCAGCAGAGGGAGAUGGGAAGGGGGGGGAUAAACAGGGGGGGUGGAAUAGGAAGGGUGGUGAAAUGGGGGGUGAUGAGAAAGGGGAGGAGGAUGAGAAGAGGGGAGAUGAGGGGGCAGAUGCGCAAGGAGGGGUUAUCAAAGUUGUCACAACAGUGCCACACACUGCAGUGGCUGAGGCAGGAACUAGCACCCAGCAGCACCGUGCUCUUAUCGAGUCUGCUAGUAACGAAAAUGCCCUCAUCGACCCGUCGAUCAGCUGGCAGCAGGGCGCAACUGUGGCGUCAUUAACCCUUGGGACGGCGUCUCACAAGGGCGCAAUCGUGGUGUCGUCAUCUCCUGAGGGCCAGUGUGCUGCCAGUGCCGGCCCACACCCGUGCUCCCCCCGCCCGUUUGUCUUCACCCGAGACCGAUGCCAGCAGUGGCUUGACAGGGUCGAAGGGCGGGCGUUCACAUACCCCACCAGGCAGCAGCUGGGAGCGGUGGAGGUGAAAGCGGCGGACUUGCAGCGGCUGCUGCCAGGGGAGUGUUUGAACGACACAGUCAUCGACUUUUAUGUCAAGUUCAUUGAACAGACAAUGCUGCAGGAGCCGCAGCGGUCACGGUUCCACUUCUUCAGCACUUUCUUCUCCACCUCGCUCGUUCGCGCCCAGGAACGAUUUUUCCCACGCCCCCAUCUCUCCCCCUUCCCCCUAACGCCACAAGCUAACUCAGGAGCCGCACAAGCUGCACCAUUCCCCCUCUUACCAACCUCCCCCCCAACCCUCACCACUCCCCUCUUUACCCCUCGCCAGAAACUGACUCAGGACCCGCAUGAGCUCAUGCGGCUGACCAGGUGGACAAGAGGCACGGACAUUUUCUCAAAGGACUUCAUCCUCCCCUCCAAACCCUUACCCCCACACACCGGUCUUCUGUCAUCUGUGCAGGUUUCGCAGCCAUUGGAGCCUGGCCAUCAUAUGCUUUCUCAGCAAGGACGUUUCUCCCUCUUUGUUCCGUCCCCUUCUUUCGCCUCCAACUCCUCCCUCCCAAACUCCCCCCCACUCCUUCCCGCCCAUACACUGUCUUCUGCCAGCUGUGCAGGUUUCGCCGCCAUUGGAGUCUCAGCCUGGCAAUCAGAUGCUUCCGCUCCGCAGCAACGGUGUGAGGAGGAACCCCCACUCUACACCCAUGCCUUUACGCCCCCUCCCCCCUUGUCCGCCAACCACCACACAUGUGUGUGCAGGUCUCGCGGCCAUUGGAGCCUGGCAAUCAUAUGCUUUCUCAGCAACGACGUGAGGAGGACCACCCGUAAGGCACCAGGAGAAAGCAGCAAGGGGUCAGGUGAAAACAACAAUGGCCCAGGAGAAAACGGCAAGGCGCCAGGAGGUUCAGGAGAAAACAGCAGAGAAACACGAGGAGCAGCGAAGUUAAGGGAAGAGGGCAACGGGGGAAAUGGGGGAGACAGGGUGAAUGGGAGGGGGAGGGGCAAUGGGGGAAAGGGGGAGAGGGGCAGGGGGGGUAUCGGGGGCAAUGGGGGCGUGGGGAGGGGGAGGGGGAAGGUGGGCGCUUUCCAGAAGAUCCCGAAAGGAAGGAGGGCGAAUCUGAAAAGGAGCAGGGCGGAUAUGAAAGGAAAGGGGUUGAGUGUGCAAGCGAGGGGGUGGCUUGGCCAAAGCAGGGAAGUGAGAGCACUGUUGGAAGGUGGGAGAAGAAGUGUGGGAAGCGAGAGAGGUGCUGACGUGGCAGAGGAGGGUCAGGAGGGCGGUAUGAAGGGCGCUGGGAAGGGGAGAGGCAGCAGUGCUGGUAGAGUGAGGAGGCUUGCUGACGUGGCAGAGGUUGCAGUGUCGAUGAAGGGAGGGGUGUUGGAGAUAGAGGGGGAGGAGGAUGAGGAGGGAGGGGUGGGGGAGGAGGAAGAGGAGGAGGAAGAGGAGGGCGAAGGUGGAAGGGAGGCGGUUGGGGAGGACGAGGGGUCUAGGAGGGAGAGACGAGGGGAGGGAGGGAAAAGUGCGAGAGUUGCGAGUGUGAACCAGUUGGCGAACCAACCUGGUGAUUCUGACAGGGGGAGUCAAGAGAGAGUCGCUACCAGGGGUACCAAGCAGAUUGCUGGUAAUAAUAGUCCCCGUGUGAGAGUGUUGAAUCGGGAUGGUGCUAACCAGGAUGGUGCUAAUAGUCCGGGUCAGAGGGUGCUGAAUGAGCAGGGUGGUGAUAUCCCCAGUCCCAAGGUGCGGGGUGGCAGGUCGCAUGUGAAGCGAAGGCGACUGGAUGCUUUUGAUGGGGGUGUGAUGCAUGAUGGGUCUGGGGAUGGCGCAGUGGGCUCGGGCGGCACGGGUGGCACGGGUGGUGUGGGUGGCACGGGUGGUGUGGGUGGUAUGGGUGGUGUGGGUGGUAUGGGUGGUGUGGGUGGUAUGGGUGGUGGUAUGGUGUGGGGUGUUAGGAAGCAGCUGCAAACACGCAGCAGGGCGAGGGGUAAGGCGAGAGAAGAAGCGCCAAGGGAGGAUGAGGAGGAGAAGGAGGACGGGAAGGAGGAGGAGAAGGUGAAGGAGGAGAAGAAGGAGGAGGAGGAGGAGAAGGAGAAGGAGGAGGAGAAGGAGGAGGAGGAGGACGGGAAGGAGGAGGAGAAGGUGAAGGAGGAGAAGGUGAAGGAGGAGAAGAAGGAGGAGGAGGAGAACGAGAAGGAGAAGGAGGAGGAGGAGGAGAAGGAGGAGAAGGAGAAGGAGAAGGAGGAGGAGAAGGUGAAGGAGGAGGGGGAGGGGGAGAAGGAGGACGGGAAGGAGGAGGAGAAGGAGGAGGAGAAGGAGGAGGAGAAGGAGGAGGGGGAGGGGGAGAAGGAGGAAGAGGAGAAGGAGAAGGAGAAGGAGAAGGAGAAGGAGGAGAAGGAGAAGGAUGAGGGGAUUGGUAGUGGUGCAAAGGGGAUGAUGGACGUUGGUGGGAGCAGUGGAGUGGAAAGGCGUGGAGGGGCCGAUGUUAUUGUGACAGGCGUAGAGGGUGGAGGAGGGGAAAUGGGGGACGUGGAAGGGAGGUGUGUGGGGGGAGCUAAUGUGGCUGCGGGAGGGAUUGCAGAAGAGGGGGAAGGGAAGGGUGAAGGGGAGGAGGAAGGGAAGAAGGGAGUGAAGGGGGAACGGAAGGAAGAAGGGAAGGAGGAAGGGUUGCAGGAGCAUGGGGGGAUGGGAAUAAGAAGGGAGGUUGGGGAGGUGGUAAAGGAGGGUAUGAUUCUAGAGUGGGAUGAUGUGAGGGGGGUGUGGCGGCUUGGUGGUGGCGAGAAAGAAGCAAGAAAGAGUUUGGAGAGGCGAGGUGAAGGAGGCAAAGCUGGGGAGGAGAGGGGAGUGGAAGGAGGGGAGGGUGGUGGGGAGGGUGAGGGGGUUAAAAGUGAAGCGAGAGAGGAGGGGGUCGCUGGAGAGAAGGGAAGUCUAGGAGAGAAAGGAGGUGCAGGAACGGAGGAAGCUGUAGGAGAGGUGGGAGAAGGUACGGGAGUGGACAAAGGCUGCAGUUCUAGGGAGAAUACUAUCGUAGGGGUGGACAGUGUAGAAGGGGGGCGAGGGGGGGAACAAGAGGACAUGAGGACAGGGGAUGAACGGAAGCAAGGGGUGGAAGGGGAGGGAGGGGUGCGUGCGGGGGAGGAGGUUGGGAUGGUUGAAGAAGAGGUAAGGAGUGGCGAUGGGGAAGGUGAAGGGCAGGGCGUUGUGGUUGUAGAGGAGGGGAGAGGAGAGGGGAAAGAGGAGGGGGGAGUGGAGGGGGGAGAGGAGGAAGGAGAGAAGGAGGGAUUGGAGGGGGGAGAUGAGGGGGGAGAGGAAGGGGGAGGAGGGGCGAGAGAGGAGGGGAGAGGGGAAGGGGGAGAAGAGGCGAGAGAGGAGGGGAGAGAGAAGCGGAGGGAGGAGGGACGAGAGGAGGGGAGAGAGGAGGGGCUAGAGGAAGGGAGUGAGGGGAAAGAUGAAAAAGAGGAGGAGAAAUUCGAGAAGAUGGAAGGGUAUGAUGAAGGUGGAGUGGAAGAGAAAGUGGGGGGGAAGGAGGAAGUGAACGAGGUGAUGAAAGAGGAGAGGAAAGAGGUGAGGAAAGAGGUGAGGAAAGAGGUGAGGUUAGAGGAGAGGAAAGAGGAGAGGGAAGAGGAGAGGAAAGAGGAGAGGGAAGAGGAGAGGAAAGAGGAGAGGGAAGAGGAGAGGGAAGAGGAGAGGGAAGAGGAGAGGGAAGAGGAGAGGGAAGAGGAGAUGAAAGAGGAGAACGAAGAGGAGAGGAAAGAGGAGAGGGAAGAGGAGAUGAAAGAGGAGAGGGAAGAGGAGAGGAAAGAGGAGAGGGAAGAGGAGAUGAAAGAGGAGAGGGAAGAGGAGAUGAAAGAGGAGAGGAAAGAGGAGAGGGAAGAGGAGCGGAAAGAGGAGAGGAAAGAGGAGAGGGAAGAGGAGAUGAAAGAGGAGAGGGAAGAGGAGAGGAAAGAGGAGAGGGAAGAGGAGAGGAAAGAGGAGAGGAAAGAGGAGAGGAAAGAGGAGAGGGAAGAAGAGAGGAAAGAGGAGAGGGAAGAGGAGAGGAAAGAGGAGAGGGAAGAGGAGAUGAAAGAGGAGAGGGAAGAGGAGAGGAAAGAGGAGAGGAAAGAGGAGAGGAAAGAGGAGAGGGAAGAGGAGAUGAAAGAGGAGAGGGAAGAGGAGAGGAAAGAGGAGAGGAAAGAGGAGAGGGAAGAGGAGAGGAAAGAGGAGAGGAAAGAGGAGAGGGAAGAGGAGAUGAAAGAGGAGAGGGAAGAGGAGAGGAAAGAGGUGAGGAAAGAGGAGAGGAAAGAGGAGAGGGAAGAGGAGAUGAAAGAGGAGAGGGAAGAGGAGAGGAAAGAGGAGAGGGAAGAGGAGAGGAAAGAGGAGAGGAAAGAGGAGAUGGAAGAGGAGAGGGAAGAGGAGAUGAACGAGGAGAGGGAAGAGGAGAGGAAAGAGGAGAGGGAAGAGGAGAGGAAAGAGAAGGAAGAGGAGAGGAAAGCGGAGAGAGAAGAGGAGAAGGAAGAGGAGAGGAAAGAGGAGAGGAAAGAGGAGAGGAAAGAGGAAAGAAAAGAGGAGAGGGAAGAGGAGAAGAAAGAAGAGAUGAAAGAGGAAAGGAAAGGGGAGAGGGAAGAGGAGAAGAAAGAAGAGAUGGAAGAGGAAAGGAAAGAGGAGAGGGAAGAAGAGAGGGAAGAGGAGAGGGAAGUGGAGGUGAAAAGGGGGAGGAAGAAGGAGAGCAAAGAUGAGAGCAAAGAGGAGAGCAAAGAGGAGAGCAAAGAGGAAAGCAAAGAGGAGAGCAAAGAGGAGAGGAGUGAGGAGAGCAAAGGGGAGAGGAGAGGGGGCGAAGAGGGGGCAGUUUUGCUGCUGAUGGGAGCAGCACGGGUUGGCCCUCAGGCCGUGGUCAAGGCCGGUUCACACCCUGCUGAGAGCACUUGUGAUGGCUCUCGUGAGAGCACUCAUGUGGGCACUCGUGAGGGCACUCGUGAAAUGACUCGAGAGGAGGUUUGUGUUGAUGAUUCUGCUGAGAGAGGUUGCGAGGGAACGGAUGAGAGGAUUGCUCUUGAUGCAGUUGAGGGGAGCUCUGAGGGAGUUGGUGCGGCUGCUGCUGCUGCUGCUGUUGCUGCUGAGGUGAUUCGGGAGAAGCAUGAAGAGGGGCAAGGCAGUGAGGGCGGAAAGAAGGUGGUCUUUGAGUCGAGCCCAGAGGUGUGUGGAGUGGUGGGGAGCGGUGUGAAUGGGAGUGAACCAGGGGAGUUAAGGGAAGGGGAGAUGGGGGAUGGCAAAGAUGGGAAGGGUGGGCAAGAAGGGAGGGGGAUUGAGGAUGGAGGGAAUAGGGAAGGGGAACGAGACAGAAGGUUUGUGGAAGAGAGACGAGAAAUGGAGGGGCAGGUUGAACUGGGGGAGGCGGUAUCUGAUAGUAGCGAGAGUCUUGGGACUGCUUAUAUGGGGUAUGGUAAGGGUGUUGGGGGAAACCGUGAGGAGGAAGGGGCAGAGGAGGAGAAAGAGGAAGGUGGAAUAGUGGGUGAUGUGAGUCAAGGGAAAGAGAAGGUAGAGGAGUGGGAGGAUGAGGUAGAGGAUGGAGAGGAAGGGGAGGAGGGGGAGGAGGGAGAGGAGGGAGAGGAAGGAGAGCAGGAGGGAGAGGAGGGAGAGGAAGGGGAGGAAGUGGGAGAGGAGGGAGAGGAGGGAGAGGAAGGAGAUGGGGAGGGGGAGGAAGGAGAGGAAGGAGAGGAGGGAGAGGAGGGAGAGGAGGGAGAGGUAGGGGAGGAGGGAGAGGAGGAAGCAGAGGAGGAGGGAGAGAGGAAAGGGGAAGAGAUUGAAGAUAUCCAGGAGGAGGAGGGGGAGGAAUGGGAGGAGGAAGACGAGGAGGAGGAAAAACUGGAGAAGGAGGCUAAAGAGGAUGGGUCUGGUGGUGGGCAAGUGAGGGAAAUAGAGAGCUGGGUUCCUGGGUUGGAUGAUGCUGGUGAUGAUGGUGAUGAUGGUGAUAAUGGGGAUGAUGAUGAUGUGAAGGAGAUAGGUUUCAGAUCUUUUCGGGGAGGCAGGGGCAGAGGAGGGGGCAGGGGGAGAGGGGGAAUGGCAGCGCAAAUAAGACGAGGAGGAAGGAAGGGGGUUCAGGUGCGGGGCAGAAGGAAGGGACCCCAGCAGAGGGGCACAAGGGGAGGGCAGAUGAAGUGGAGUAUGGAGGAGGAGGACGAGGAGGAGGAGGAUGAGGAGGAGGAAGAGGAAGAGGAGGAUGAGGAGGGGGGCCCAGGGGGUUCAGGUGAAGAGGGGUUGGAGCUGGUGACGGGGCCGAACGGCGCACGGGAGGCCACCAUUCUGUACCUUGACUCGCUACCGGAAAGCUCCAAGUCACAUGCCAUCUACAGCGCCCUCAAAUUCUAUCUGCAGGCUGAGUGGAUGAAGAGGAGCAAGGAGCCGUUGGAUCCCAAGAAGCCGCUGCAAUCCGGGCCGUUCAGCAAAGUGCGGGGGAAGAAAGUCAAGGUGCCAGCACAGGACAACGACUAUGACUGCGGCUGCUUCAUCCUCUGCUACAUCCAGAAGUUCGCUCAGAUGGCCGCUGCUCUCCCACGCUCGGCUGAUGGCGUUGCAGACAAGGCAUGCUGCUGUCCCACCAACCCCUCUCCCCCCUCCUCCCCUCUCCCGUACCACCCCGUGCCUUCUUUUCCUUCACCCCUUCCCUCGCACCACCAGCUGAGCAACGACUGGUUCGAGGCGUGUGAAGCAUCCUCUCUGCGCCGCCUGCUCUUAUCCAUUGUAGCAGGCAUGCUGCUGUCCCACCAACCCCUCUCCCCCCUCCUCCCCUCUCCCGUACCACCCCGUGCCUUCUUUUCCUUCACCCCUUCCCUCGCACCACCAGCUGAGCAACGACUGGCUGGGGCCGAGGUUCGGGCUGAGCCUGGGGCUGGAGGUGUUGGUGGUGGUGCAGUGGGACUGGAUGCUGUGAGCAGAGGGGAUGGUGGUGCUCGCAUGGCAAGAAGUCUGGGGCAAGAUGACACCCAAGGUGACACCCAAGAUGACACCCAAGGUGACACUCAAGGUGACAUACAAGGCGGCAGCAGAGGGGGUGGUGAAUCGCUGGUUGUGUUUGGUAAGGAGCCGUGGUCUGCCUGGCCCUGGCCAGCAGCGGAGCUAUUGACUUGCCAUGGCACUCACCCUCUGUUGCGCUGGCCUGCCACCCCUGUCAAUUCUGAUGGUCGUUUUCUGGGGGCAUCGGAUGUGCAAGAAAGGGCAUUGGAGGAUGGUGCUGGGUCAUCGCCUGUGCUGGUUGCUAUUGUUUGGCAGGAUGAGACGAUUCAGCGUCCACCACAUGAGACAAGUGCUGGGGGAAAGGGUUUGAGAGGUGUAGAGAGAGGUGCUGAUGGAUUAGCAGCAGAAGUGGUAGAGGGGAAAGAGAGAGAUGGAGUUGGGGGGAUUGAGAGAGAGGGCGGGGAGGGGGAAGAGGAAGAAGCGGGAAUGGAGGGAGAGGGAGAAGGGCCAGUGAGGGGAAGAGCACGAGGCGCGAAGAAGCUGAAGAGAGUGAAACGGAGUGCCGGAUGGAGUGGGAGGAAGCAGGUUAGGAGGGUGGUGAAGGGGCCAGAUGGGGAGGGGAAGAGGAAGCAGGCUGAGGGGGAGGAGAGGAGGAGAGAGGAUGAUGGGGAGGAGGGGAAAGAGGAGGAUGGGGAGGAGAGGAGGAGAGAUAGGAAUAGGGAGGAAAGGAGGAGAGACGAGGGGGUUAGGGACGAGAUGGGUAGGGAGGAGAGGGGUAGGGAUGGGAGGGGUGGAUGGGUGUUGAUAAGGCUUGCAGCAUCUAAAGAGGUGAUUCGAGUGGGGAAGGGCGGAGAGGACGAGCAGGGACAGGUGGAGGUUGGUGGGAUGGGGGAUGAGUAUGAGGAGGGGCUGAUGAGGAGUGAGGGAGAGGAGAGGCGUGGAUUGGGCGUAGAGAGAGGUUUGGAGGGAGGUGUGGAGGGAGGGGUGGAGGGAGGGGUGGAGGGAGGAGCAGGGGUGGAGGCGAGAGGAAUUGCAGCAGAGGAAAUGGAGGCAGCAGCGGGAGCAGCGGUGGCAGCAGCAGCGGCGGCAGCAGCGGUAGCUUCCAUGGGUGCGUUUGUGAGGCAAGCACGUGCUGCUGCUGCUUCAGCUGCUGCUGCUGCCGCCACAGCUGCUGCUGCUCCUGCUGCUGCAGCAGCCACUGGUGUGAAGGAGGAGAAGCAGCAGGAAGAGACAGCAGCAGCAGAAACCAGAGAGGCAGGGGCACUGCCACGUACUGGCAUGGGUAUCACUCUUCAUGAAUCCGAAACUGAACCUGAGACGUUUCCGAAGCUCGAAUCAGGCUCGGCGCCAGGGCAGCUGCUCAGCUUCGGCUCUGGCGAACCUGAGUUGGAUCAGUUGGUAAAAUUUGGAUUUUCGAGAGCACAACAGGGGCGGCGGCUUGCAGGGUUUUCUGAGCUGUUGAAGUUGAAUGGAGGGAGCAGUGGUGCUGAGGCGAUGGAAGAAGUUAGAGUGGUUCAGUGCGGUGCGGAGGAGGGGGCGUGGCAGCAGUGGGUUGAGAGGUGGAAGGAGGGGAGAGGGGAUGGGAGCAGCAAAGCGGGGGAAGGGAUAUUUGGGAUGAGGGUGGGAGGAGAAGGGGUGGGAGCAGCAGAGGUGGAAGGAGUAGAGGCAGGAGGAUUAGAGGUAGGAGGAGAGGCAGGAGGAGUAGAGGCAGGAGUGGAGACAGAGGGAGAAGACGGAAAAGGGGAGGGGACGGAAGAGGUGGAGAAGAGCGGGGAAGAGGUGGAAAGGAGGGGGGAAGAGGUGGAGAAGAGUGGGGAAGAAGUGGAGAAGAGUGGGGAAGAAGUGGAAAAGAGUGGGGAAGAAGUGGAGAAGAGCGGGGAAGAUGUGGAGAAGAGUGGGGAAGAAGUGGAGAAGAGGGGAGGGAGCGGGAUGGAUUGCCAGCCUUCGCAUGGGCGUGAGAUGGAGGGGAGGGAGAGCGGAGAGGUGGGGAAACAAGAAGAGGAGGGAAGACUAGAUGAGGGGGGAAAGGCAGAAGAGGGUAGGAGGAAUCAAGAAGAACAAGGGAAGCAAGAAGCGGAGAGCAGGGGAGGUGGGGAGAGAAGGGUGGAUGAACUUGAGAGCGCGGGAGAGAUGGAUGAGGGAGGAGAGGCAAGGGAAGAGAAGAAGGAUGAGGGAAGAGAGGCAAUAGGGGAGGAGAUGAAUGAGGGCGAAGAGGGAAGGGAAGAGGAGAAGGAUGAGAAAGGAGAGGAAAGGGAAAGGGAGAAGGAUGAGAGAGGAGAGGCAAGGGAAGAGGAGAAGGAUGAGAGAGGAGAAGCGAUGGACAAUGAAAGGAGAGCUGCAGCUGGUAACAGGGAAUGGGCGAGUGAGGCGAACGGGAUUAAUGAAGAGGGUGAGGAGGGAAAGGAGGUGAAUGAAGAGGGUGAGGAGAGAAAGGAGGUGAAUGAAGAGGGUGAGGAGAGAAAGGAGGUGAAUGAAGGGGAUGAGGAGAAAAAGGAGGUGAAUAUAGAGGGUGAGGAGGUGAAUGACGGGGGUGAGGAGGUGAAUGAAGGGGGUGAGGAGGUGAAAGAACUGAACAUGGUGGAUAUAACGGGUGAGGAGGAUGGAGGAGAGGAAAGGAGAGCUGCAGCUGGUAACAGGGAAUGGGCGAGUGAGGCGAACGAGAUUAAUGAAGAGGGUGAGGAGGUGAAUGACGGGGGCGAGGAGGUGAAAGAGAUUAACAUGGUGGAUAUAACGAGUGAGGAGGAGGAUGGAGGAGAGGAACAGGGAGGUAAAGACGGUGCUGGUAGUGGGAGAAGAAUAGACGGGGAAGGGAGAGAGGUUGAGGGGGGAGCAGCAUUGGAGAAGGAAGAAGGUGAGCAGGGAGGAGGAGAGGGCAUGCAUAUGGUGGGUGAACCAGAGGGUGAAGCAGUGGGGGAAGCAGAGGGGGAAGCAGUGGGGGAAGCAGUGGGGGAAGCAGUGGGGGAAGCAGUGGGUGAAGCAGAGGGGGAAGCAGAGGGGGAAGCAGAGGGGGAAGCAGAGGGGGAAGCAGAGGGGGAAGCAGUGGAGGAAGCAGUGGAGGAAGCAGUGGAGGAAGCAGUGGGGGAAGCAGCGGAGGAAGCAGCGGAGGAAGCAGCAGAGGAAGCAGCGGGGGAAGCAGCGGAGGAAGCAGCGGAGGAAGCAGCGGAGGAAGCAGCGAAGGAAGCAGCGGAGGAAGCAGCGGGGGAAGCAGCGGAGGAAGCAAUGGGGGAAGCAGCGGAGGAAGCUGCGGAGGAAGCAGCGGAGGAAGCAGCGGAGGAAGCAGCGGAGGAAGCCGUGGAGGAAGCAGUGGAGGAAGCAGCGGAGGAAGCAGCGGAGGAAGCAGCGGAGGAAGCAGCGGGGGAAGCAGCGGGGGAAGCAGCGGGGGAAGCAGCGGGGGAAGCAGCGGGGGAAGCAAUGGAGGAAGCAGCGGAGGAAGCAGCGGAGGAAGCAGCGGAGGAAGCAGCGGAGGAAGCAGCGGAGGAAGCAGUGGAAGAAGCCGUGGAGGAAGCAGUGGAGGAAGCAGUGGAGGAAGCAGUGGGGGAAGCAGUGGAGGAAGCAGUGGAGGAAGCAGUGGAGGAAGCAGCGGAGGAAGCAGCGGAGGAAGCAGCGGAGGAAGCAGCGGAGGAAGCAGCGGAGGAAGCAGUGGAAGAAGCCGUGGAGGAAGCAGUGGAGGAAGCAGUGGAGGAAGCAGUGGGGGAAGCAGUGGAGGAAGCAGUGGAGGAAGCAGUGGAGGAAGCAGUGGAGGAAGCAGCGGAGGAAGCAGCGGAGGAAGCAGCGGAGGAAGCAGCGGAGGAAGCAGUGGAGGAAGCAGUGGAGGAAGCAGUGGAGGAAGCACAGGGACAAUGGAAGGGGGAGGCAGCAGGGAGAGGGGAAGAGGGGGAGGCAGCAGGGAGAGGGGAAGAGGGGGAGGCAGCAGGGAGAGGGGAAGAGGGGGAGGCAGCAGGGAGAGGGGAAGAGGGGGAGGCAAGAGAUGGCAAGAGAGCAAAUGUUGGAGAGAUGGAAGCAGUGGCAGGAGUGAACUGGGUGACAGCAGUGACAGGAGGAAGCAGUGAGAUGGAAGCAAUGGCAGGAGACAGUGUUCGACCCGCAUGUGUCAACGCCCGCAUGGGCCCUCUUGAUUCCAGUCUGCCUGCCGACUUGGCCUUUGAACGCCGCUCUCCCCUUCCUCUGCCUCUGACGAUCCCUCCUUCUUCCCGCCCUCUGCCCCUGUCUGCCCCUUCUCCGCGGCCUGGCCUCCUGGUGCUCCCCUCACUCGUUUCUCUGCCACUGCCUCGUCCUCUUGCCCAUCCCACUCCUCCUCCUGCUCCUCCUCCUCCUCCUCCUGCUGCUGCUGCUCCUCCUGCUUCUACAGAUGUUACUGCUACUCAUCCCAGUCCUCCUCCUCCUCCUGCUGCUGCUGCUCCGGUUGCUUCUACAGAUGCUGCUACCCCUGCCUCUCCUUUACCACACUCCCCUCCAUCCGUCCACUCCCCUCCGCCCCCCCGCCCUCCUCCAUCCCCCCACCUCUCUCCAUCGCCCACUCCUAUCGCCCCUAGCUCUCCUCCUCCUCUUUAUCCUCCUUCUGUGGCCAGUCCAUCAAUCGCUGCUAUAACGGAAAGACACACUGUGACUGAAGACGGGGCGACAGCAGUGAAGGCCGAACCUGUCCCUUCUGCCCCUCCCUCUCCUGCUCUGCUGCCCAUUUUAUCAACCGCAACCGCUGCUGCUCCAAAGGAGGAAAGUCACAGUGUGAUUGAAGAAGGGGUGACAGCAGCAAAGGUCGAGCCACCUGCUGUGACUGCAGGCAUUGAACUUGCCUCUGUGACUAUAAGGGAUGAGAAGGACGAGCCUGCUGCUGUGACUGUAAGGGAUGGAAAGGACGAGCCUGCUGCUGUGGCUGCAGUCCUUGAACCCUCUGCUGUGACUGUAAAGAAAGAGAAUUCCGAGCCUGCCACUCUGACUGCAGACCGUGACCCCACCGAUGUGACUGUAGAGGAUGAAAAGGAUGAGCCGCCUGCUGUGACUGUACAGAGUGUGAUGGAUGAGGCCAAUGAGAAGGACGGAAAGGAUGAGCCGUCCGCGGUGACUGCAGGCCUUGAGCUGCCUGCUGUGACUGAAAAGGAUGAGCCAGCUGCCGUGACUGUAGAGAGUGUGAUGGAGGAGGCCAAUGAGAAGGAUGACAAGGAUGUGAAGGAUGUGCCGCUUGCUGUGACUGCAGCCCUUGAAUCCACUGUGACUGUAAUGGAUGAGAAGGACGAGCCUGCUGCUGUGACUGUAAGGGAUGAGGCGGAUGAGCCGCCUGCAGUGACUGCAAGCGUUGAACCUGCCUCUGUGACUGUACAGGAUGAGACGGACGGGCUGCCCGCUGUGACUGAAAAGGAUGUGCCACCUGCUGUGACUGUAGAGGAUGUGAAGGCUGAGACCAUUGAAAAAGGCGAGCCUCCCGCUGUGUCUGCGGAUUGUGACCCCACUGCUGUGACUGUAGAGGAUGAAAUGGAUGAGAAGGAUGAGCCACCUGCUGUGACGGAUGAGCGUCCUGCUGUGACUGUAGAGGAUGAAAUGGAUGAGAAGGAUGAGCCACCUGCUGUGACGGAUGAGCGUCCUGCUGUGACUGUAAAAGAUCAGCCACCUGCAGUGCCUCUAAAGUUUGCACCCUCCCCUGUGGUUGUAAAGGCCGAUUACGCCGAUAACGCAGCUUCACUACCUGCCGCUCGUUGCCGGCCACUUGCCGGGCGGCGCACGGUGGCCCAUGGGCUCAUAAUCAGAUCGGGCAGCUCAGCAACCCAGGAGGAGCAUCGCAACACUCUUGCCAUCAUGCUGCCGGGCGGCACACCGUGGCCGAAGGCCCCCCUUGGAGUUCCCUCACCUGCCGAACCUCCCAGGCUGCCUGGGCUUUCCGUGAAGGCACUGGAGGGUCGGAAGGACGAGGAUCGGAAUGAUGAGGUUCGGAAGGAUGAGGGUCGGAAGGAUGACUCACCUGGGCCUUAUGAUGCCCUGCGGCAGCAGCAGAAAGCAUCCCCUGUGCUGCUGGCUGCUACCAGGGUUGCACAAGACCCUGGUGUUUCACCUGAGUCUUUGUUGCAACCUGGUGAUUCACCUGAGGAUCAGAUUCUGCCUGAAGAGCAGCCAGGCUGUCAGGAGAUUCGAGCAGAAGCAACAGCUGAGGGAAGGGCUGAGGGGGUGGCAGCAGGGGGUCCUGCCACAUCAGCAGCACCUGCUUCGAUUACACCUGCCACGUCAGCCGAGCCUAACAAACCAUCCACGUCAGCAGAGCUUGGCAUGCCAUCCACGUCAGCAGACCCGGUCACUGUUGACAUGCCAGCUGAGCUGGUUGCUGCCUGCCUGGGAGCCAAUCGCGUGCUUCGAUCACGGAAAGCAGCACCGGCCGCGGCAGCAGCAGCAGCAGGAGGAGCAGCAGGAGCAGCAGCAGGAGAAGCAGGAGCAGCAGGAGCAGGAGCAGGAGGAGGAGGAGGAGGAGGAGCAACAGGAGUGAAGGCGGGUGGAGGAGUGAAGUCAGAAGAAGGACGGAAGGCAGCGGGAGACGCAUUGAAGACACCACCACGACGGGGCGUGAAAGCAUCACCAGGAGCGAAGGGAAAUCAAGGCCAUGCUAGGUCACCAGCCCAAGCUAAGUCACAAGGGCGUAAAGGGGUGCAAGGUGUGAGAAAGGGGAGAGAGGGAACCGGGGAGAAGAGUGGAUUGGGGCAGAGAAAGGUUGGGAAGGCUAGGGGGAGAGGGAGCGGUGCUAAGAGGAGGCGAAAGGAGGAGGAAAGUGAGGAGGAGGAGGAGAGUGAGGAGGAGGAUGAGGAGGAGGAAGAUAGUGAGCAAGAGAGUGAGGAGGAAGGUGGAAGGGAAGAAGCACAGGAGGAGCACAGGGGAAGGAGGGCCAAAGGGUUGGCGAAGGGGGUGGAUAGUGGGAAGGCGAAGGAAGUGGAGGGAAGGGAGAAGCGGGUGAGGAGAGGGGGGGAUGGUAACAAAGGGACACGUGAUUUUGGAGACACUGAUGAUGAUGGGAACCGGGAGAGGCAUGAUGGUAACAAAGAGGUUGCGGCGGAGCAGGGAUUGGGAGAAGGGGAAUUGGUGGGGCCGGAGUAUAUGUGGCGAGAUGGAGGAGGGAAACGGUACCGGAGGAGAAAGCAUGGGCGGAGGUGA